AUGACGACAAUGGAUUUGCGUGUUGGUAACAAAUACCGCAUUGGUCGAAAGAUCGGCAGUGGAAGUUUCGGAGAUAUCUACUUGGGCACCAACAUCAUCUCAGGUGAAGAAAUUGCCAUCAAGCUCGAGUCCGUCAAGGCCAAACAUCCUCAGCUGGAGUAUGAAGCCCGUGUCUACAAGUCUCUUGCGGGUGGUGUUGGAAUUCCGUUCGUCCGCUGGUUUGGAACAGAAUGUGACUACAACGCCAUGGUCCUCGACUUGCUGGGUCCCAGCUUGGAAGAUCUCUUCAAUUUCUGCAACCGCAAAUUCUCCCUCAAGACCGUCCUCUUGCUAGCCGACCAGCUCAUCUCUCGAAUCGAAUACAUCCACGCCAAGUCUUUCAUCCACCGCGACAUCAAACCCGACAACUUCCUUAUGGGGAUUGGCAAGAGAGGCAACCAGGUCAACGUGAUCGAUUUUGGUCUGGCUAAGAAAUACCGCGACCCUAAGACUCAUUUCCACAUCCCAUACCGCGAGAACAAGAACUUGACUGGCACGGCUCGUUAUGCCUCGAUCAACACUCACUUGGGUGUGGAACAAUCUCGCCGCGAUGACAUGGAGUCUUUGGGCUAUGUCAUGCUCUACUUCUGCCGUGGUUCGCUUCCAUGGCAAGGCCUUAAGGCUGCCACCAAGAAGCAGAAGUACGAUCGAAUCAUGGAGAAGAAGAUGACCACGCCCACCGAAGUCUUGUGCCGUGGUUUCCCCAACGAAUUCGCCAUCUACCUCAACUACACCCGCUCUCUCCGCUUCGACGACAAGCCGGACUACUCGUACCUGAGGAAGAUCUUUCGUGAUCUUUUCGUUCGCGAAUCCUUCCAGUACGACUACGUUUUUGACUGGACCGUCUACAAAUACCAGAAGAAUGCCCAGGCUAUUGCCCAGGCGGCUGGCAACCAGACCACCCAGGAGGACGAGGAGAAGCCACGACGCGGUGCUCACCCUGCGACUGCGGCAGCCACGGGGGCCCCGACUCCUCAACAUGCCUCCCAAGCUGGCAAACCGGCCGCUAUUUCCAGCUCCCGACGCAAGGUCAUCGAACGCGGUGCUAGCGGCAACGACCAGGGAGGAAGUGACAGGAUGUGA